AUGCUGAUGCUGACUCUUCAGGCAGACUUGGACUGGCUUUUGGAUGACUCCAUAGCGGACUUCGAGGGCAGCCCGCAGGGUCACAGAACCCACACUAAGUGGCGGCAGCUCAAAGAUCACAAAAGGCAGACUGAUGCUGGAGCUGGAACCGCACAGCUGCGGCUAGACUUCGACAGCCUGACAGCCAAAUGGAAAAGGAGGGUGCAUGACAGGAUGCCUUUGCAGUACCUGACAGGCUCUGCGCAUUGGAGGGACCUUGUUCUGGCAGUGGGACCUGGUGUGCUCAUACCACGGCCAGAAACUGAGCUGCUGAUUGACUUCGCUCAGGAGGCUAUGGCAAAGGUGCCUGGUGGGGUGGAUGGAGUGUGGGCUGAUCUGGGCACAGGCAGCGGAGCUCUGUCUAUCGCCCUGGCAAGAUGUCUCAGCGACAAAGGCAGAGUUUUCGCAGUGGAUGCUAGCGAGGAAGCUGCCGCAUGGGCAAGGCUGAAUGUGCAGAGAUACAAAUUGGACCCCCGGCUACAGGUGUUGCUUGGCAGCUGGUUUGAGCCGCUGCAUGCGCACCAAGGCCAGCUGUCGGGCGUGCUCUGCAACCCUCCAUACAUCGCCAGCGAGGUCGUCCCUUCACUGCAGGCAGAAGUGACAAGGCACGAGCCAUGGAGCGCCCUUGAUGGGGGCAAGGGCACAGGAUCUGCCAUGCUGCUGGACAUCUGCGGGGCAGCCGUGGGCAUGAUGCAACGAGGCGGGUUUAUAGCGCUGGAAACAGGAGGAGAUGGACAAGCAGAGGAGGUUGCAGAUUUUAUGUCAGGACUCUCUGAUGACGUCAAUGGCUGCAGCAUUCCAGCAUACACGGAUGUCAUAACCCGCAAAGACUUGCGAGGCGUCCCACGUUUUGUCACUGCUUAUCGAGCAACAUAA